AAUAAAAAAUCCAACGGAGCCAACAAUUCAACCAAACCCUACCAUAUUCAUACGCUCCCUCCACAUUCAUCCCUUUAAAAUGAUCACAAUUUCUCAGUUCUAACCCAUCAUUAUAUUACCAUAAUCAAACACUAAAUACCCAUUAAAUUCUAAUUCAAGAAAAUCGUAAUAUUAGUACUAUUUUUUAUCAAAUGGGGGGCUGCUUUCUUGGGUGGUUCUUGAGUUCUAAGCGUCGGAAGCGGAGCAAUUCCGGGAGCCCUCGUCGGAAAAUAGAUGGAGGUAAUGUUACUAGUGGUGAUCAAGUAGUGCGUGCCCCCGGAAAGGGGACUAAUUUAGUUGCAGAAUCGAGUGAGAAGUGUAUGGAGAGUCAAUUGAGCUUGAUUAGGCAGAAGAGGGUUACGUUUGACUCGAAUGUUGAGACCUUUGAGCAUGUUCCUUUUUGUGGAAGUACUGAUUCACUAGUGGAGAGCAACAACGUGGUUGAUGAUGAGGGGGAGAAUGAAGAGGGUAUUGGUGAUUCAAGUGAUUCUAUAACAUUUUCACUGGGUGAUACUACUAUUUCCGAGGUUGGAUCUUACCCUAAGAACAAUGUGGUUGAUGAUCGGGGAAAGACUGAAGAGGGUAUCGGUGAUUCGAGUGAAUCUAUAACGUUUUCUGUGGGUGAUGCUACUAUUUCCGAGGUUAUAUCCUACCCCCAGAACAAUAGGUAUCAAAAUUGUGGGGAUACUGAUGAUGAUGCUAUAGAUUCCGAAUAUGAGGGUAGUGUUGUAAGUGACACAGAUGAUGAUUAUGAUAUUAAGAGUGAUGGUGAGGGUAUGUUAUGUGAAGAAGUUUGGUCGGAGGCUAUUACAACUGCAUCAUUGGAGUCGAUAAAAGACAUGUCACUGACAGGAGUGGAUUUGCAAGAGGUAAAUAGUCCUUUGGAAUCGAGAACAGACAUGUCACUGACGGGAGCGGAAGUGCAAGAGGUGAAUAGUCCUGUGGUUUGUUCUGGAUAUUCUGAGAAUGUGAUGAGUCCAGUUGAGAUUCUUAAUCAAUGGAAAGCUGCAAAUUCAAAGGGGUUGCAACCAAUGAAGGCACAAGAGAAGGAGAAUUUGGCUGCAGAUGGGGAAGCACCUCGUAUUUCAUUUAGUUCUGGACCAAAAACCAAAGAGUCAUUAUCUAGUUGUAAGCCUUCGUCAGAUCAUCCAACUGAGAAUCAAAGUAAUGAUUCAGGUAUCGAAUCUAGCCUCUCGAAUUGGCUGGUUUCACCUGAUAUAAAGACCAGAUCAGGUGAGGAAACUAAGAAUAGUAUCUCCCGAGGAUCACCUUCAGUUAGGAACAUAGAAGACAGACCAAUAUUAGGUGCGUGGACACAAGAGGAGGUCAAGCUUUUUUCAGCAUCGCCCUCGCCUAGAAAGUCACCAAGACGAAACCCUGAUGAUAUGCCUAUUAUAGGCACUGUGGGAACCUAUUGGAAACAUGAGAAUGAAGUCGAGGAUUGUGGCUCUGCUACUUCUUGUAAAAAGAAGAAUUCUGGUUCUCCUACUUCCUAUAAAGGCAUACCAAACACAACCAGCAAGUACAGAGAGGACAAGAAAGUACGCUGGCAUUCCACCCCUUUCGCGAAAAGAUUGGAGAAAGCUUUAGACAGCGGUGGUCCUGAAGAAGCUUGAUUGAUUCAAGUAAUUUUGCAGAACGGUUUUUGAGCCUUUAUUUUAUGCUUCUAUAGUCUAAUAAGUUCAUAUACCUGAGUCCGUCGUUUAAGAAUUGUAAGAAGGUUUUUGGGGUGGAUUGUUCAUAUAUAUAGCUAAAAGAUCUUAGUUUGCAUUAAGCAACAUGUGUGCUAUCUUUUAGUGCAAUUGAUAAAUAUGCAAGAAACACAUUGUAUGGCGUAUGCAACUUAUCUUUUGCUGA